AUGUCACACGCCACUCGUGUGCUCGCUCAGGUCUGGAUUGGCGGGUCUGCCGAUAACGCCGGUGCUGGUCACGAGCGCGGCCCCUAUUGGCUCAAUGGCAUGGUGAGUCUCGUUGCUCAGCUGAACGCCUCGGGCAGCCCCCUGGCCGUCAAUGUGAGUCAACAAGUCAACCAAUGGAUCUACCACAUCCUCGACAAUCAGUCAGCAGAUGGCUGGCUUGGUCCCCACGACGACGAUAGCAUCUCCGGCAAGGGCAAUAUAUAUUGGAGUGGCUGGAAUGUCAUUAGUGGUCUCUUGCAGUACGCCUGGGUGACGGGCACCAACUCCACCAUCGGCCGCCGCUGUGGAGCUGCCGUAGUUGCCUACAUGGCCGCUACCCAGGCACGCAUGGCCAACGACCCCUUUCUCACUUGGAGCCAGAACCGCUGGCAAGACUGGGUCUAUCUUGUCCACUGGGCGCUUGAUCAAGAUCCACAGGGACAGGAACAAAUGCUUUGGGAUCUUGGCGAGUUGACAUGGCAGCAGUCCUGGGACUGGGAUAGUUACUACAAUCAAACUGGUAUUGGUGCAACCGGCGCAUACGUCGGGCAGUCUGUUCCCCGGUUUCCCGAGGCUGAAGUUGCUGCGUGGACCAUGUGGGAUCAUGGCGUCAAUAAUGCGAUGGGCACCAAGUCGUGUGCAGUGUGGAGCCGCCAGUCCCACAACGCAAGUGAUCCCUUGCAGAGCUAUAUCAAGUUAGACAUGCAAGACCGGUUUCAUGGCCAACCACACGGCAUGUACUCGGCCGAUGAGUGCUUUGGUGGUCGACACCUCAAUCGUGGCAUUGAAUUGUGCGCCGUGGUUGAGCAAAUGUACUCUCUCGGGAUUAUUUAUCAAGUUCAAGGCGACCCUUAUUUCAUGGAUCGUCUCGAGCGCAUUGCCUUCAACGCUUGGCCCGGCACUACAACAGAUGACUUGUGGCAACACCAGUAUUUGCAACAAGCCAACGAGAUCAAUGCUAUGUACGACACGAAUCCUCAUGUCUGGGCUACGGAUGGUGAUGACGCCACCGGAUUUGGCGUAGAGCCCAACUUUGGAUGCUGCACUGAGAUUUGUGCUUGGCUGGGCUUAUUUCGUUUGUGCAACUACUCAGCCAACAUGCAGCAGGGCUGGCCCAAACUGGUCAACAACGGUUUGUUCAUCAGCGUUGACACCAACUACCCUUUUGAGUCUACGGCCAAGAUUAGCCUUCAAGGCUCUGGCACUCUGUGGCUUCGCGUUCCUGGAUGGGCCCUCAACGGCACCCUCGUACAGGAUAAUGGGCCCGAAACCAUGCUGGUUAAUGGCACCCUGCAUCGUAUUGUGAUCAAUGGUUCGAGUGAGGUGGAGGUCGAUCUCAAUCCCGCAACUAAAAUGGAGCAAGGCUGGGGUCGACUCGAACAAGUUCUUCCUCACGUCAACUACAGUGUCGUUGGCGUUGCGGUCCCGGCCGAUGUGGGCAACUUCUCCUUCACCAACGGCGCUGCACUUGCCCAGUCCCGGCUCGAGGGCCGCACAGACGUCCGUUCGGGCGAUCCCAACGAGACCACAACGGUUCGCUUUGCCACCGCGCUGGUUGGGCAGGGCCACAACCUUUCGGCCGUCAACUUUACCUUUCAGUAUGUCUCAGGCUACUCGGCUGACAACGGUGCAGUCGGAGCCUCCUUUGACCUCCAAGUCACCGACGUGCAAGGCCGGCUGCUCCAGACGCUCUACCGCUCUCCGCCACUCUCCAACUACUCGUUUGAUGACUUUUCCACCUACAGUCCCCCCAACACGGUGGUGGUCGAGAGCCUCAACGUGGACAACCAAGAGCCCCUAUAUUUACAACUCAUGUUUUACAACCACGACCGCAAUCUACAGCUCCUGCUGCCCAUGGAGAUGAGGGUGCAGUGGACGACGGCUUCGUCCCCAAGUCCUCCAUCCCCGGGCCCGUCGCCCCUGAUUACGCCCGGCACAAACGCCGUUUCCUUCUACCACGGGCCCAUGCUAUACGCUCUGCCCCUCAACUACUCGAGUAGCGUGGUCAAGACCUGGGAGCCCUUUGGUAACACGGACGUCAAUCUUGUGACCGAGGCUCCAUGGAGCUGGGUCGUUAACGUGUCGGUGCCUCCCGUGCACAGUUGCCAGAGCAGUCUCGCCCCCAAGCCGUUUGACACAGGGCAUGUCGUUUGCACACUGCAAGUGCAGGCCCGACCACUGGCCAGCUGGAUCGCUGCGUCCAAUGCAGCAAACGAGCCCCCACCCUCUCCCGUCGACUGCAGUCUGACAGGCGCCUGUGGUGACGAGGUUGUCACCUUGCACCUGGUGCCCUAUGGCACCACCAACUUGCGUAUUUCCAGUUUUCCCUGGACACAGUGA